AUGUUUUUUCCAUGCCGUCCUCCUCACACUUCCGACUUUCGCCCUUUAGCUUUAACACGCACGGUCAGCUUCACCAGGGGUUUACCUCAAGGUCAAGAUGCUGAUAUCCUUCUCCUUGCAUGCGGCGAUGUUGCUAAGAUACUAUUCACAAUACAUUCCGAGAAGGGAUUCCCACCCAGAAAACUAGAUAUUACUUACUGUGAUGAAGAGUCUGGUGUAAUUGCACGAAAUGUUCUUCUCUUCACCCUUCUCGUCGACGGCAUCAACGCCCACAGCGCGUGGGAUGUCUAUUUCCACCUCCGUAUCGACAUAGACUCAAAGAACCUCAUCGAGGGCCAUACACAGAAGUUGAUCUCACUAUCAAACAAUAUCCACCAGUGGAACGAGGGACACUACGGUUCUAUAUUGAAAUUUUGCGACGCACACUCUACAGCUAACCGUUCUCAAGAUGUUGCUAAGAAGUCAAUGUGUAAUUGCGGUGGGACCAAUUACAUAGUAAAAGGUCUUGCGUCCACCGCCCCAUUGUUGUUAGCAGCCGGACUGUCCCCUCCUGAGAUGGAGAUCCCCCAAGUUGCAAACUACUACUGGAAACAUGGUAACUUCUCUAGGGAGCCAGCAAUGAUUCCAAAUCCAACUUUCUUCGAGGCGAUGUCCACAUAUUUAUAUAUUCACCCUAACACAGACCCUAUUAUUGGUUUCCAUCUUGCAACCGCAUUAGCGAAGCUAGCGCCAACGUCUCCGCUCCGCCUUGAUAAAGAUAAUGACGAGAUAUUCGAUUCCGUUAACGCGGCGAAAACACAGUUCCGUGAGUGGGUGGCAGCAUUCCGGGAUUUCCCACAGCAUAAUAUAACACUAAGAUUCGCCGUAUCGAACCCGUUAUCAUUCGGUCAUGGCUUGCAGAGUAUCUCAACUUUGCAAAGCGGGUCUAAGUGCCUAUUUCGUCGUCAGCUUGAUGCAGCACCACUCGAGUUUGAUAGUACCAUCUAUGCUACAGCGCCAACAAGGUUUGAUGUGAUUGACACUUCCAAUAUAUCCGACUACACAGCCACGUUGAACGUCCUACUCGCAGCAGCCCCUUUACUAAAAGCGUCAGCAAGCUCCACUCUAUGGACAGAAACAAUCGGUAGGACAAAGCAGACUGCCAGAGAACAGUUUGACUCUGUGCUUUGCGGGCACACACCAACGAUGUCCCUCUUGUUAGGCCUGAGUCCCGCCGACUACUGGACCAAUGCGACUACAAUGUCAGAUGUGGACGAACAGCUCCUGAACAAUGCGGGCGAGUGGCGGGUACAAUCACGGCUAGCUUGGAAAUCGAGCACUAUCUUCUCACAGCAAUUUGAUGAUGCCAUGACUCUCAAUGUUGAGCCGAAUGCAUUGGCCAUGGUCGUAUUUGAAGUGUAUGCACGACUAUUCGAUAACGAAGAUCCUUGCACCUACGGGGAGACUGGGGUCCAGAAAUACGCAUAUUUCAAUAGGCUAUUACAAAUGAUAGACCAAGACGAUCAGGCUCAAUUCUCGCGAAGAUACUAUCGCCAAGAGUUGGCUGUUCAGUUACACCUCCAAGGACUUCAUACCGAAAGCUCACUGAUAAAGAAAGUCAGCCCACGACCCGAAUGGGGAGGCAUCAACGCUUGGAAGCACAUACCCGAAGUGGUGUGUGUAAUUAUCAUGGUGCCAAAACAGCAGGUUGAUAUACUGUACGGAUCCGAGCUGAGUAGAAACACACCACCAACGCUCGAGGGCGUCCUCAAAGAACUUUACAUUUCUGGAUUAUAUGCUAGUGUGCACGUUGUGUUCGGCAGCGUGGAAACUCUAGGGAGUCGUGAAGCCGAAGACUUUUCGAUUAAUAUUCAAGAGGACCCCCUUAGCUGGGAAGGGAAUUCCUCUCUGCUAGCUUCCUUCUACGUCCCAUCUAGCGAUCUCCAAAUCAAUCCGAAAGAUAUCAAAGUUGGGCUCCGAGUCCAGCCCCAAGGUGCAGUUGUUGACCUUACGGAGCCUACAUCAGAUAUGACACUCUGUAUGACAGCACUUGACAAUACAUCCCAGGUAUUCGUUACGAAAUAUGGGCCAGGAAUGUCUGGUUGCCCACUUGAGAAUAAAACUACUACGGACUCUACGGCCACAAGCACUGGUACCAACAUCAAUCUGCCCACGGCUACCCAAGUCACAACAAAUUUUAAAGACAAUAAGAUCGUAUCCCUAUGCAGUCGUGUUGAUUUCUCAUCGUCGCAACAAGGUGCGAAACUAUUAGCCGAACGGGUUUCGAUAGAGUUGCAACAAACAUCUCCAUCCUCUAUCGAUGUCAUAUUCGGCGAGAAAGCCCUAAUCUAUCCCUUGUCAUUCCCAGCUCCAGUCCUAAAACAGGCAGCUAAGACACGCAUCGCACGAACUUCGGGGUACGUCGAAGUCAUCGCACCCCUAGCGGAUCCUCUUACCUCCGAACCAUCAUCGUCAUUUAUUUUCCCCUUGGGGCUAGGAGAAAGCUCCAUACCCGUGGCUCUCAAUGGCCAACAUGUCAACCUAGACUUGUUACCAAUUCUUGAUGUGGACCAAUCCUACAAAUUCGACAAUAGAUGGCUAAGUGUAUUAGCAUCGUACCAACUCUCCUCCAAAGAGCGAAGAUUGCGUAGGUCAGAGACAGAGCCUCCCACGCUUCGCAUGAAUUUCAAAGAGUCACUCUUCACCAUCUUUAUGUUAGCGUCAGGGCUCCAAGGUAGGCAUACCGGUCUAUUCGCCCUACAGCAUCCCAGAGACGGAAAUCAGGCUCUGAUCUUCGUCCGAGCCAUACGGAUAAACGACGCCGAGGGAUCGGUGGUAGCGGACGCCGCGGUGAUCCCCUUCACCAGAGAGAUGCUUGAGUCGGAUGAGCUCCGGACAUUCCUACUUGGCAUUCGAGAGCUCGAGAUCCGCGCCAUUACAGUUUCUGACGAAGAACUCGCCCUCUGGAAGCAUGUGUUACCCGCAUUCGCUGAGCGCUGCCGCACGUGGUCUCACGGCCCAAACUGCGAGUAUAAGAAAUCGGGCGCGACUAUCCCGCUGAGCACUAAUAUGGGAGAGCCGUUCAUGUGCAGCUGCGGUAACGGAAAGUUACCCGAGCGCUUCAUGAGCCUUCCCGAAUGGGACGACGUGGCGGCUAAGCACGCCGUACGCAUCGCGAUUAGCCCGACAUUUUCCGUUCGGUUGGUCGGGGGCAUUGAUAUAGAUGAUCAGCAGACCUUUGUUGAGAUGAUGAGAAUGCACGGACAAAAGUGUCGCAGCUGUAAGGCGACCACUGGCAAAAAUGGAGCAGGGUUGAUGAAAUGUGGGAGGUGUAAGGGUGUUAUGUAUUGCUCGGCUGCGUGCCAGCGCAGGGAUUGGAAAACGCAUCGUGCGGUGUGUAAGGCACAGGAUGGCGCACGUACGGAAGCUUUUGUACGCCCUUGGGUCUGCAGAAGAGGAAGCACACAUGGACAUAGAUAUGUGUGCGCAGGUGUCUCAAACGAUCUUUCGCAGGUGUAUUGGUUUUGA